UGUAGAAUUUUUACUUAUUUAAGGAGAUAUGUGUGAUACUAUUUGAAUGGUUAAAUAAGAAAAAAGAGAGGACCGAGGUUCGAUUUGCAUCGAUUUUGCCACUAUGCUUCGCGGCAAGAGCAAGAGCAAGUUGGAGAACAAUGAGAACAACGAGAGAACGGACGGUAAACAGAGGAGACCGAAAUGCGCUCGUUGCAGAAAUCAUGGUCUGAUUUCGUGGUUACGGGGCCAUAAACGAGAGUGUCGUUAUCGGGAAUGCCUGUGUCCGAAGUGUUCGCUAAUCGCCGAACGGCAACGAGUGAUGGCCGCACAGGUCGCUCUGAAGAGACAACAAGCGGCCGAGGAUGCAAUUGCUCUUAAAAUGGCAAAGGUAGCGACCGGACAGAAGCUCGAUCGACUUCCGCCGGGAAAGAUCUUCGGAAUGUCUGUGACGGAGCCGAAAUCGACGGUGGAUCAAAGCGAGGACGCAAAUCUCGCUUCGAAGAAGGUCGAUGGAACUUCGGAGGAGUCGAAGGAUCUUCCGCGUCCGUCGACCAAUGAUGCUGUUCGUCUUCAAAACUGUUCCGACGGUCUGGAAACCUGUGCAAGAUCCAGAAACCUCCUUUUCGACACCAGCAAGCUGGAAGGUUCCAAGGAAUCCACUUCGGUGUCUCAAACCUCCGUGGAGACUCUAGCGCGUCUUUUCCCGAAUACCAAGCUGUCGGUCUUGCAAUUGGUGCUGCAACGUUGCGGUCAGGAUUUGCUAAAGGCGAUUGAGUACUUCGCAAGCGAUAAUCUGGGCAUGGUCGAGUCGACGAUAUCAUCUAUUAGCCACACGCCUUCGGCCUUUCGACCUCCGCAAACCAUCGUCGACAGCGGUGCCGGGGAGCAGCAGCAGCAAUCGAUCUCCGGCACGAUGCUGGCACCGACGAUCUACACCAGUCUGUCCAGAAACGUCUACGGCGACGCGGGAUACUGUCUGCUGAAUAUCGUGCCGGCAACCGAACAGUUGGCCAAGGGAACUGAUCUGCCGAUCGCGAAAACCGCGGCUGAGCAGGAAGCCGUGGCUUUAAAUUUUCGCUAUAACAAUUAUUUCACUCCCGGCGUGCAGCAGCAACUGAGAGAUGCGCAUGUGUGCGCUCAAGUGGCAGCUGCUAGAUCGGCAAGCAUCUUACAUCAUCUGCCGCCUGCCGUACUGCCGGGUAUUCCCUGCGUGCAACCGAAUUGCGCGCAGUGUAAUUAUAAGUUCGCCUGAAUAUCUUUUCCUGGAUGUACAACUAUAUAUGCAAUUGAAAAAAAUCGCUGCAAGAGAGUCCCGUAAUGCAGAAAAUAAAAG